AUGGGCAACGGAUACUUUCGAACGUCACAAACGUCGACAUCGUCACGCCAACGGGACAAGCGCGGCAAGGACAGCUACAGUUACCAGCAUAACUACGUGGAUCGAGUGCGUCUGGAGGAUACGAACGGUAAUCUUUACCAGCAGCACCAGCACACACACCACCAGAAAACCACACACGAUCCACGCUGUCCACAGCUGCGAGCCGCCGGCUGGCGACACACCCACAAAUCCGUGUCGCAUCUCGAUUUGGCCACCAGCUGCCAUGGCGCAGCUGGAGGUGGCAUAGAUCACAGGCACAGGCAACUGCAGCUGCAGCUGCACCACCACCACCAUCAGCAUCAGCAUCAUCAGCAUCAGCACCAUCAUGAGCAUCAUCCACAAGCGCCGUUGACACCACACGCUCAGCCACAUUGGACGCAGUGUCGUGUGGGAAUCGCAGCAGCUGGAAUUGCACCGGGAACUGGACACGGUCAGCUGAGGAACGCUCGUUCCUUGGACUACACACAGUUGGAGCGGGAGGAGAACGCCUUGGACAUUGCCGAGUUCUAUUGGCAUUUCGAUGCGGAAGCGCCGCUUGAACAGCUCGACAAUUACGCGGUUAAUGACAACAGCUACGAGCCAGCAACAACACCACAACCACCCUCAACCACUGUCACAACGGCAACAGUAGCCACCACAACAGCAGCAACAACAACAACAGCAACCACAACUGCUGUAGCAACAACAACAACAACCACCACAAACACCGCAACAACAACAGCAGCAGAAAAAGCAGCAACAGUUGAGGCAACCGUAACCGCAACUUAUUUGGACUUUGGCAGCGAAUCGUGCAGCUUGAGAAGAUCGCGCAGUUUGGCGGUGAUACGUGAGGAGACGUUUAGCGAUCUGCAAAUUGGAUCCGCAAAUAGCAGUCGACGACGAUCGCAGUUAAUACCGCGUGCCCGGCUAGUUAAUCGCGGUUUUUUCCGUGAAUCGCCACGACUGCAGCACAAACAGCCACAAAGUGAGCAACAAAGUGAGGAGGGAACAGAAGACGCACAAAGCAACACGAGCGGUGCAACAACUUGCGAUUCGCAUCAGCAGCAACAGUUGCUGAAGCAGCAGCAACAGCAGCAGCAACAGCAACAACCACAACAGCAACAUCCACAACAACAACAGCAACAUCGACAGCGACAACAACGCGAUUCACGUGAUUUUGAUGUCUACUAUGAUAAUUUAAAGCGCUUGGAUGCCUUGGCCUUGGGAUUGGGCUUGAGUGAGCAACUGCAUCCGUGGCACAACGACAAAAGCGACUUGGAGAGCCUCAAUUCGGACUAUUUUAAGAACUCGCUGCAUCAGCAACCACAUCAGCAACCACAUCCCCAUCCCCAUCACGUGGAGCAAUUGCAGCCUUCCUCCCUCGAAUUCGAGGCGCUGGAACAGGCGGUGACGUUGUUGAGUGAAAGACCGAGGAUCUAUCAAUCCCGUAGACAGCAGCAGCAGCAACAGCGUUACCAACAACGCCACAUUGAUCUGGGUGUGGAAUCCUGUCCAGAGCAUAGUCAGAGCAGUGUUUUUCCCGAGACAACCACCAGCAAUUCGGAUGAUCAGACGGAUAGUCCUUCAUUGUCGGAGCAGGAAUACGAUUUAACGCAUAUCGAAGAGAUCUAUCAGGGGGAGCAGCUGGAGGAGAGUUACGAGCUGAUUAGUCUGACAACAACAACAACACGCACACGCUUCGAAAGCAGCGAGGAGGAGCAAGAGGAAGAGCAAGAAGCAGGAGUAAAGGAGCGAGAGCAUAGCCAGCUGACCACGUCCACUGAAACCGAUAGUGAUGGCACUUUGAAGCGUGGACAGCUGGAUAAAUUAAUUGCCUACGAUUCGGUUUAUUUAUCCUCCGAGGACAGCUCCGAGUGCACCUUGAUAGGCGAGAGUUGCGACUCCUUUCUGGAGAGCGUAGAGGGAGAAAGUCGCAGUCUGCUGCACAUUUCCAUAGAGGAUACAAUCUAUGAGCCGCACAAGAAAGAGGAGAGCAGGCAUAAGGAGGAGACACAGAUCUUUACGCAAAUACUGAAAAUAGAAGGUGGCAGCAAACCACGUAUCCUAAGUGUCGUCGAGAAGCGCAAACAGAAGCAGGAACAGGAACUAAAACAACAAUCAGGAAUAGGAGCAGGAGCAGGAGGAACAACUGCAUCCACACCGGAACUAAAGCGUCAGGCGACAGAUAGCUGCAUUAACCACAAAUCGAAUCUUGUGGAGAAUCAAUAUCAUAGCUUGCCGGAUGUCAACAUUGGCGUGAGUCUCAAAGUCUGCGAGAACAUUGACAAGGAACUGAGAACUUCCUACAAUCUGCAGAGACAACAACAACGCAAGGAAACAAAGCAAAGACAGAAACCAGCUGGUGACCAGGUGGUAACCCGAGCAGAGACCUACGACUCCAUACGGCGCUUUGGGCGAGCUCAUCAAAAGGCGCGACAAAAGGAGUACGAGGAACGCGAGCGGCAGGAAAAGGAAACUGGGCAACUGGAGGAAGUCGAAAGGGAGAAGGAAAAGGAAAAACAAAAGGAAGCACUGCUGGAGACAUUGCCAGCGCCCAGUCAAGUGGAGGUAGCGCAAAGGCAAGAGGAGGAGGAAGAGGAGGAAGAGGAAGAAGAGGAACCACUGCCACCACCACCACCGCCUUUGACAGAGGCAGAGGAGGAAGCGGAGGAGCAUAAGAAUAAUCUGUGCGUGUCAAUUUCACAGGCGGAACAAAACAAGGAAGCCACUGUCAUUGAGGUGGCCAACUUUAGCAAGUUAAUUGAGAGACGUGCACAGGAAAUAAGACAGCGAAAGGAGCAGCUGGAGGAGGAGCAACAACAUCAAACGCCACCGCAAUCCUUUCGCAUUAUAGUCACCGACGCACACAACAACAUCAUCCAAGCCGAGGCUAUACAGGAGGAAACAACACACUCGGCUCCGACUGCCACUCCCACUCCCGCUCCCACUCCCACUCCAAUCACAACCUCAAUCACACACUUCAACUACAGUCCUGCAACCACAACCACAACUCCUCCACAUUCCCAACGCUCACUGCGUCGCUCCAGCAGCUCGUCGAGUGGCAAGCCGGCUGAGAGACGUGUCCUCAGCACCGGAGCACCUAUUUACAAGGCGCGACCCAUUAAGGUAUUAGCCAGCGAUUCAUUUGCAGCCAGACAGAAGAUGUCACGUCCACAGAUUCUGCAUGUGGUGGACAGCAAUGUCAGUGGUAGUACUCUAAGAAGACGCAGCAGCUCUAAAAGCAUGGCCAGCACUGUAAGCAAUGCAGCUGGCGAAAUAGCUAGCGAAUAUCUGCAAAAAGUGGAUGCCGUCAAAUGUUAUUGGAACAAGCUGGCAGGCAAUGAACCCAGCAAGAAAGACACUGAAACCCAGCAAGAAACAAGUUCCCGUUUGCACUUUCAAUUGGGUGAUAAAGUCACUGAGAAAACUGCACAGAUUUCCAAUGACUUUAGCAGCAUUAUGCCACCUUCCAUUGAGAUUGUGGAACUUGGCGAUGGUUGCAAGAAGGCGACAAUUGUGAGUGCCGCACAGGAUGAUAAUGAUGAUGAUGACGAUGAUGAGGAUGCGGCACAGUUUGAUCAUAUACGCUACAAGGUGCUCAAGUCACAGCAGCUCAUCAGGAGCAACAUUAUGACAGCCAGGAACAAGAAGGAGGCACAAUUCGAUGGACUUAUACAGUAUCUGCAGGAUUACAGUUUCCAAGAGCUGCUGAGCAACAACAAUGUGGUAAUUGUGGAGCCGGUGAGGACAAAGAUUGAGCGACCACUAACAGUGGGAAUGGGAAUGGGAGUCGGAGGAGUUGCGGCUUCUACAGUGACUGCUCCUAAGACUGUCAAGCAACAGGUCACAAAUACAACUGCCAACAAAAAACCCAGACAACGUCAGAUUGGAGGAGGUGGAGGAGCUGCAGCCAAGCGUCAUUUCUUCUAUCAACCCGUCAGAGUGAAUCGGGAACUGUACGAGGAUGAGUUGCCCGAUCCGGAUACGGUGCGCAAUGUGCGUCGCUUUUUCGAGCAGCAUGUGUUGCCCACUCCUGGACAGGGAAUUCUGGUGCAAUCCCAGCAGAAAUUCGGUGGCUCCGCCUGCCAACUGAGUCCCAAGUCGAGGAGAGCACGUGGUUAUCGUUAUCUGACUAUCGAUACGAGCUAUGGUGGCAACUCGAAUGCAUCCACUGCAACGGAGGAGCAGCCCAAGGGCAUGGAAUUGCUGGAGGAGCACAAGGUGAAGCACUGGGAUAAUGCCAGUCUAUCGAGUGGCAUUUCCAGCGGUGAUUUAUCCUCGCCCUGUGGCGAGUGUCACCAACAAGCCGAAACCAUGUCCAAGGAGACGCCAGUGAUGGCUUGCAAAGGUGUCCAUGUGCUGGACGUGGUCAGAAGACACAAUAGCAAUGCGGCCAAUGCCAAGGCCAGAGCCAAAUUGGCCAGUCGACGCACCUGGUGUGUGGUAGGAGCAGGUGAAGUAGGAGGAGCAGGUGACUCACGCUAUCGUCAGAUCUAUGAGCAGGCCAAACUUGAGAUACAACAGGAGCAGGGUAUUAAUAAUAAUCAUCAUCAUGAUGGGCAUCAACAUGAGGAUAACGAUGACGACGAUGAUGAUGAUGAUGACGAUGAUGUGGAAACGGACAUGUGCGAAUCCUAUUAUGUCAGCAAUGAUGUCUUGGCCAAAAUACGCGAAUGCGGCUCUACAGUAACCUAUUAUGGCGGACGUGUACUGGAACCAGGGAUGCCAUUGCCAGGGCAGUCAAAUCCGCAGCUGAUGAAUGGAAAUGCGAACAAUGCUGCCACACGCACUCGCUCACGUGUGCGUCAAAUUGAGGCAUGCAACGAGUGCUAUGAACACGAACACGAACAACAACACCAUCAACAACAACAACAACAACUGCAACUUUUGGAGGCACAACAGGAUUCCUAUCAAGGCAUUAAAUUCAAAUUGGUCAAGUCGAACAGUUGCAGCAGUCGCUUGGAGUUGGCGGGUGCGGAAGAAGGAGACAACAGCAACAGCAACAUGAACCACAUGACAGAGACGGAAAUGGUGCGUAAGAUGGUCCAUCAUUUUGAGUGCAAUCAGCCGACGGGAGAUGGCAAUCCAAGUGUGACCAUUAACAGUCAGGGCAACGUGGGGAAGACAGCGACACAGGAGAUUCUCGAGGCGACAGCUCGAAGACAAGUGACAGUAAAUAAUCACAUAAAUGUGAUGCCUCAGGAGAGUGAGAUGAUGUUGAUGAUGCCACCAAAUGGACAACAGGAGAAGGCAACAACAGCAACAGCAACAACAACUUAUCACAGUCAGGCCAUGAACAUACGCCUUGAAUUAAGUGCGUUGGGCGCUGCUGGGCGUGGCAGUGAUAAGCCCAACAAUAACAGCAAAGUAUGUCGCAAUCGAAAUGUGGAUUUGGCCUAUACACUGGCCAAGAAUCAGAAAUUGCCCGUACCACACCAAGAUGGCCAGGAGGAGGUACAAAAAGGCGUCAAGACUUGUCAGCCGGAAGUCAUUGGACGUGAGCAAAUCCUAGUGCCCAUUGAGAUUCAUGAGUCCACGGUUCAACUGCCAAAUCAGGAGCGUCGAUUGAGCAAUGCCAGCAGCAGUGCUUCUACAGUUGUGGACAAGACUGUGGUGCGGCAUUAUGUGGCAAAUGAUAAGAGUAUCUACGAGCGACGCAAAUACGAUGAGAUUGAGUUUGAAGAAUUCGAGAUAUACGAUCCAGCUAAAGAGCAACAACAACAGCAACAGCAACAGCAACAAGAGACAGAGGAGAGUGUCAACUCACUGGACAGACGACAGACAAACGAUGAAAAACUCUACGAUAGUCUCGACGAUAGAAUGUAAAUCAAUUCAAAUGCAACCAAGCAACGACUUUUGGUUUUGGGGUAAACAAUAAGUAAAAAAACUAAACUAUAAUAAUACAUAUAAACUAUAUAUUCAUAUUUACCAAUAAGUUGCUUAGCUUUACUGGUAAAGCCAAAACAAAGAAUUAUCCAAAUACUAUAUUAUCUACAUAUAUUAUGAGCUCAAUAUUUUAAUAUAUUUUUUGCUCCAUUGUAUUUUGUACAUUUAAGUUAAACAACUAAAUAAACAGACCAUUUAUUUAAUGAGCUA